AUGUCUCGUCCAUCCCGCAGACAAGUAUACCAACCAACUCCCCAGUAUGCUGCUGUCCCCCAAAGUCCGCCUCGUGGUAAUCUGUAUGGGCACCAGCACCAGCAACAGCAACAGCAACCACAGCCUUAUGUAGGCGGCCCGCGCCCAGUUCGAUCAUCUUCAGCGAACAGCAGUAAUCGAAAUAGUCGGCAACAAGUGCAAUACUCGCGGAAUGCAGUAGUGACAGGGGUUGCGACAGGCAGUAUCGGAGCGGGAUAUGGACCAUAUUCGUACCACCCCGAGGAGGCGCGACAAACGGGCGCGUACAAUGGCUCACGAUUUAGUACAAAUCCUUCGGAUACAUCAGUGACGACCGCCCCGACACGCGAAAAGGUGCCGACAUACGCGCCACAAACGACGACAACUGUGCCACAAUAUUUAUGGGAUAAAGAUCCGGACCUCGAUGACGCUCUUCACAAUCCCGAUCCUCGUAACGACUACAGCUUUACACUAAUAUCUCCAAGAGGGUGGGUAAAUGUUGGAGGGGUCUUCGUGCUGAUUGUAGGACUUCUCGCCCUCUUUCUGGGAUACCCAGUCCUUUGGCAUUACACUCAUCUUCCUCCACCCUUCGCUGGGUUCAACCUCGGUGGAAUUAAUGGAACUGGACAAAUACCGGCUUUCCAGAACUUUCCUCUCUUGAUCGACAACGAUACACCGGAUUCUGCUCUUACACGAGUAGGAUGGGAUGGAAAGGUUUAUGAUCUGGUCUUCAGCGACGAAUUCAACACAGACGGGCGGACAUUCUAUCCAGGGGAUGAUCCAUUCUGGGAGGCUGCAGACAUUCACUACUGGCCAACUGGCGAUGUUGAGUGGUAUGAUCCAUCGGCCAUAACCACACAAGGAGGGAAACUGGUCUUAACCAUGUCCGAGAAAAGAUCUCAUGACCUGAACUUCGAGAGCGGGAUGCUUACUUCUUGGAAUAAGCUAUGUUUUAACACCGGGUAUAUUGAGGUCUCCAUCAGCAUGCCUGGUAGCCCAAGAGCUCCUGGAUUAUGGCCUGGUGCAUGGACAUUGGGAAACCUGGGACGCGCAGGUUACGGUGCAACUACUCAAGGAAUGUGGCCGUAUAGCUAUGAUUCGUGUGACGUCGGAACAUUUCCCAACCAGACGACUAGGGAUGAUCAACCAGCUGCAGCACUUGGGUUGAGCUUUCAGCCAGGCCAAAAACUGUCUGCUUGUACUUGUCCUGGCGGGGAUCACCCUGGACCAGCGGUAAAUGUUGGCAGGGGUGUGCCAGAAAUCGAUAUUAUCGAGACGCAAAUCGAUACGGACAGGAUGCAAGGCGAAGUCUCUCAAAGCUUCCAAGUGGCUCCCUACGAUAUAGGCUACAACUGGGAUGAUACCUCUCCCGCGACGACGGUUUACAACUCGACGAUUACGCAUAUCAACAGUUACAAGGGUGGUCCAUUUCAACAAGCUGCGUCGGGCGUUACCUACAUCGAUAAUCGCUUUUAUGGUGGCAAUGAAUAUGCACCAUAUGGAUUCGAAUAUUGGUCUGACCGACACAACCGGGAUGACGGCUAUAUUACAUGGUAUUAUGACGGACAACCAACGUGGACGGCUACUUCUGCCUCUGUUGGGCCAGAUACAGAAGCCCGGAUCAGUGGAAGGCUUAUUUCGGAGGAACCGAUGUAUGUUAUCCUCAACCUCGGGAUGUCACCUUCAUUUCAGCGACCGGAUUUCCAACAUUUGACUUUCCCCGUCUCAAUGUACAUUGACUAUGUGCGGAUAUACCAAAGACGAGGAGUCAAGGAUGGCAUUACUUGCAACCCGCCAAGCAUGCCAACUUCGGAUUACAUUUCAAGACACAUCAACGCAUAUAUGAACCCCAAUCUUACGGAAUGGAAAUUCGCGAAUUAUACCUUUCCGCGGAAUUCUCUCUACGAUGGUUGUUGA